GCGCGCCGGGACUGCAUUUCCCAUAGGCCCGCGCGGCCGAGCACCGCCCACCCCUCACGGGAGCGAGAGCAGGGCCCCACCGCCGCCGCCAGUGCCUUUGAAAGGCGGCGGGAGGUGCGAGCGCGAUGGCGAGCCUGGGCCGGCUGCUGUGCUUGCUGGGCCUGCUCCUCUGCUGGUUGGCCAGCGUCGGGCUGUCCAGACCCCACCGCGGCGUCACCCAGAAGCCCAUCAUUGGAGUAUUAAUGCAAAAAUGCCGUUUUAAGAACUUGAAACAGCUUGGAAAGUACUAUAUUGCUGCAUCCUAUGUAAAAUAUCUAGAGUCUGCAGGUGCAAGAGUUGUACCAGUAAGGCUUGAUCUUAAAAGAAGCGAAUAUGAAAAACUUUUCAAAUCUAUUAAUGGAAUCCUUUUUCCUGGAGGAGGUGUUAACAUCAUGCACUCAGAUUAUGCCCACGUGGCCAAAAUAUUUUACAACCUAGCCAUACAGAGUUUUGAUGAUGGAGACUAUUUUCCUGUGUGGGGCACCUGCCUUGGAUUUGAAGAGCUUUCAUUUCUCAUUAGUGGAGAGUACUUACUAACUCCCACAGAAACUGAAGGAAAAGCAAUGCCACUAAACUUCACUAAAGGGACACUGGAGAGCAAAAUGUUCCAGAAUUUUUAUUGGUGUCAUUAGCAGUCGAACCUCUGACUGCUAAUUUCCACAAGUGGAGCCUCUCUGUGACGAAUUUCACGGAGAAUGAAAAGUUAAAGACAUUUUUAAAUGUAUUAACUACCAAUACAGACGGCAAGACGGAGUUUAUUUCAACAGUGGAAGGAUACAAGUAUCCAGUAUAUGGCGUCCAGUGGCAUCCUGAAAAAGCACCUUAUGAGUGGAAGGACUUAGAAGGCAUUUCUCACGCACCUAAUGCUGUGAAGACUGCAUUUUAUUUAGCGGAAUUCUUUGUUGCUGAAGCUCGAAAAAACAACCAUCAUUUUGAAUCCAAAGCUGAAGAGAAGGAAGCCCUGAUUUAUCAGUUCCAUCCAGUUUAUACCGGAAACAUCUCUUCAUUUCAGCAGUGUUACAUAUUUGAUUGAAAGUCUUCGGUGUGUUAACAGAGCAACUUUGAAUAAUUCCAUGAUUAAACUGUUUUAUGAACUUUCUGCUCAGGGCAGUGUUAGAAAGCCACAGAGCUUCCUGUUCUAGCUGCUCCUGGCUGUGAUUUCGUUCAGGAUGCGACUGUUUAUAUCAGUGAUCCAUGGAACGGAUAAGUAAUCAUCAUGUUUCUAAUGGAAAGGUUUCUUGUAUUUGAAGAUUGAAGAAAAUAAAUUUAUUGAAAAUAUUGA